CCCAUCUCUUCCUCCCGUCGCAUCUCUGUCGCCGCCGCGCGUACAAAUAUACACGGCCGAAACGGUCAAGGCCGAACCCUAAACCCCCGCUCGCCGCCUCCGCUCGAUCCCAUGGCGGCCUUGCAGAGGCUCCUCCGGGCAGCCGCCUCCGGUGGCGCGGUGACGGCGGCGGCCAGGAGGCGCAUGGGGUCGCUGGCGGCGGAGCAGGCGCCUCCCGUGGCGCCGGCGCCGAAGGGGUUCCCGUUCGCGGCGGAGGAGAGGAUGAGGCGGCGCCCGGCGGCGGAGCGGAACGUGCAGUGGGUGUUCCUGGGCUGCCCCGGCGUGGGCAAGGGCACCUACGCGAGCCGCCUCUCGCGCCUCCUCGGCGUGCCCCACAUCGCAACGGGGGACCUUGUUCGCGACGAGCUCGCCUCCACCGGGCCCCUUGCUGCGCAGCUUGCUGAAAUUGUUAACCAGGGGAAAUUGGUUUCUGAUGAGAUCAUUAUCAAUCUAUUGUCCAAAAGGCUUAAGAAAGGAGAAGACCAGGGAGAAUCUGGAUUUAUUCUUGAUGGUUUUCCACGUACAGUAAAACAAGCGGAAAUUCUUGAUGGGGUUACGGACAUCGAUAUGGUUGUUAAUCUAAAACUGAGGGAAGAUGUCUUAGUAGAAAAGUGCCUUGGCAGAAGGAUUUGCAGCCAGUGUGGAAAGAACUUCAAUGUGGCCUGCAUUGAUGUUAAGGGUGAAGACGGAUUACCAGCAAUCUACAUGGAACCAUUAUUACCCCCAAAUAACUGCAUGUCGAAGAUGAUCACCCGAGCUGAUGAUACUGAAGAGGUGGUCAGAAAUCGGCUUCGGAUCUAUAAUGACAUGAGUCAACCUGUGGAGGGUUUCUAUAGGGAGCAGGGGAAGCUCUUGGAAUUUGACUUGCCUGGAGGGAUCCCUGAAUCUUGGCCAAAGCUGCUCCAUGUUCUGAAUCUUGAAGACCAAGAGGAGUUGAAGUUGGCUGCUGCAUAGUCCUCAUGGAGCAGACCUCUACAUACUCAGAAAAAUCGAUACCACAAUUUUUUUGAAUAAUGGAAAAGAGCAAACUUACUCCAUAAUGUAGUGGGUAUGCGGAAGUAAUUCUUUUUUGUCAGAAGUGAGCUGCUGGUUUUCGCUGGCGUUUUGAUGAGCUGGUAUUAUGUAGCGGUCGUAUGCUGUUCCCGUUGGGGAGAUAGUUUGGAGCGCAUGAAGACACACUGUGGUGCUUAUUCAUAACAAAGUUGUAAUAGCUGAAAAACUCUUUGCUGUGUCGCGUGACUUUUAUACAGAAACUUGGUGGGUGGCCGGUUUUUAGGUGAUGCUA